AUGACAGCUUCACCUGAACACCCUUCUUUGGGUUUACAGAAGAAGAGAAAGGGCAAAUGGACUGGGGAGGAUUUACAGUUGAGGGUUCUUGAUGUAGACCAGAUGUUGGAUGAGGCAGGGGGGUUGGAGAGAUGGAACUGGGCGUUUGUUGGUCUUGGGGUUUUAUGGGCGGGGGUAGCCAGUCAGGGGUUUACGAUGUAUGGUUACAACUCCCCUCUUCUUGAGCUCGUGCCAAAACUCGAAUGCAAGCAAGACGAUCAAUGGGUUGAGUGCAGAAAGCAAGACAUUUGAAUAAAUAAUCAGAUGAUUGACAGCGAACUUUGGCGUCCUGAUUUUACAGACAAAUUCUCUUUCAGAAACUGGAUGACAGAGUUUCAGCUGUACUGUUAUCCAGAUUUUUGGAUUGGGCUUUUGGGGUCAGUGUUCUUGAUUGGAAUAAUCUUAAAUGGAAUAGUUCUUAAGCAAGCAGAUUACUUUGGAAGGAAGAGCAUGUUGAUAUAUACAUCAAUCGGCCACAUUAUUCUAUCUAUGGCUAUGUUCUACUCAACCAACAUUUAUGCUAACUAUGUAAUAUUGUUCUUUGGAGGAAUGUUGUACUCUAAGAACUAUCUUGCAUAUAUCUACUGAGUUGAAAUUACUCCUGAGAAGCACAGAAUAUUUUUUGGAUGCAUUUUACUCACAUUAGAAGCAAUUCUGCCAAGAACAUCGGCUGUCUUAUAUCUUUAUUUUGCCGAUCCAGAAGGAAGAGAUCUUAACAAAUUCCAUAUUCUUGCCACAGUGUUUUCGUUGCUCUCUUUGGCUUUAUGCAUGCUAAUCCCUGAGUCUCCAAAAUAUCUUUAUGAGAAAAAGAGAUGGAAAGAGCUUAGAGAAGUUAUCUCUUCCAUUGCCAAUUUCAACAAUGUCAAAAUGGACGAGACAUAUCUCAUCAAAGAAGAGGAGAAAGGCAAAUCUGAUACUCAAAGACUUCUGACUGAGAGCCCAGUUGAAUCAGCACAGCUAAAUCUAGAAGCUAGUCAAAAGCAAAAGAUUCAAUCAAAAGAAGCACAGGGAAAUGAAUUUUCAGUGAUCAACGAACUUAAGAAUGCAAGGACUCUGAUCAACUUCAUCUGAGUGGCCAGUUUGUUCUGCAUUGGCUCCUUCACCUAUCAACUGUUAGGGUUCUACCUUAAAUAUGCAGGAGGAGAUAUCUAUGUCAACACCUUAGUAGCUUGCAUCUCAGAGACACUUGGGAACUUUUCAGUCAGUUUCGUUCAAAGAGCGUUUGGCACAAAGCUAGCUUUCUUGUCAUUCUUCAUAAUCGUGCUGAUUUUCCCAUUACCACUAUUAGUGACCACAGAUGCUGCCAUUGUCGCCAUUUCGAUCUUUGGAUGCAGGUUCUUCUUAGUGGGAAUUUUCACAAUGUGCUAUUUUGCAAAUUCACAGUAUUUCCCAGCUCUAUUUGCUCCAUUUGCCUUCUCAGUGUGCUCUAUGGUAGCUCACAUCUUAUCAUGAUUGGGCCCAGAAGUGGCUGAGAUAAAACCAGAAAGUAUUCCUGUUUUUGUGUUAUUGACUUUAAUUAUGUCUGGGAUUAUUAUUACUCUUCUGCUUCAGAAACCAACAGAGAAAACUUCAGAGACAUUACAAAAGUAGUCUAAUUUUG